AUGCCACCAAAGAACGAACCAGUCAAGAAAUGGAAACCUCCAAAGGGUCCAAAACCAAUCCAUCGUAAGAACAAAAACACAAUCGGUCUAGGGAGAGCCAUUCAAUCUGCUCGUUUGAAAGAAAACUCGAUUGAAUAUUUGCCAGAUGGUGAAAUGAGAUUCACCACAGACAAACAUGAAGACAGUUGGGUGAAGUUAAGAUCUGUCACUCAGGAGACUGCCUUGGAUGAAUUUUUAAGUACUGCAGAGUUGGCAGACAAAGAUUUCACUGCUGAUAGACACUCCAACGUUAAGAUCAUUCGUUUAGAUAGUGGUGUCGAGAAUGCUACCUCUCAAGGUUUCGGUUUAACUAACGAACAAAGAGGGAAGCUGGACGCUAAACAGAGAGCUCAUGCUCGUGAACUGAUUGUUCCAAGAAGACCUGCUUGGGAUUCUACUACUACAAAAUAUCAAUUAGAGAGACAAGAAAACGAUGCAUUUUUGGAAUGGAGAAGGAAACUGGCCUUCUUGCAGGAGACUAACGACGAUUUGUUGCUGACUCCCUUCGAAAGAAAUAUCGAAGUUUGGAAACAAUUAUGGAGAGUCGUGGAAAGAUCCGACUUAGUGGUUCAAAUUGUCGACGCAAGAAACCCAUUAUUGUUUAGAUCUGUCGAUCUGGAGAAUUAUGUCAAGGAACUAGAUGAAAGAAAACAGAAUUUGUUACUGGUGAACAAAGCUGAUCUUUUGACUAUAAAACAAAGAAUUGAAUGGGCUAAAUAUUUCAUUAAACAAGGUAUCUCUUUCACUUUUUACUCUGCUUUGAGAGCUAAUCAAUUGUUGGAGAAACAAAACGAAUUAGGUGAUGAGUAUAUGUCAGAAGAAGAGGAAGAAGAGGAAGAAGAAGAGAUUGAUGAAUCGAUCGAACCCGAAAUCCAAGAAAAGAUCAAGAUCUUAAGUAUAGAUCAAUUGGAAGAAUUAUUUUUGACUAAAGCACCACAAGAACCAUUGACAAAACCUUUACCUGGACGUCCCUCCUUACUACAAAUUGGUUUAGUUGGUUAUCCAAAUGUCGGUAAAUCUUCCACCAUCAAUUCCUUGGUUGGUGCCAAAAAGGUCUCUGUGUCCGCUACUCCUGGUAAGACUAAGCAUUUCCAAACCAUUAGAUUAUCAGAUUCUGUAGAACUAUGUGAUUGUCCUGGUUUAGUGUUUCCAAAUUUUGCUUAUAACAAUGGUGAAUUGGUCUGUAAUGGUGUCCUACCAAUUGAUCAACUUCGUGAUUUCAUUAGUCCCUCUAAUCUUGUCGCUCAAAGAGUUCCUAAAUAUUUCCUGGAAGCCGUUUAUGGUAUUCAUAUUCAAACAAAGAGUGUCGAUGAAGGUGGGAACGGUAUCGUUCCAACUGGUCAAGAAUUGCUGAUUGCAUAUGGUAGAGCCCGUGGUUAUAUGACACAAGGUUUCGGUUCUGCAGAUGAGCCACGUUCGAGUCGUUACAUUCUAAAGGAUUACGUGAAUGGUAAAUUGUUGUACAUCAACCCACCACCACAUUUGGACGAUGAUACUCCAUACACCACCGAAGAAGCCCAGGAAUUCAACAAGGAUCUGUAUGUAUUUGACCGUCUACCAGAGACAAGAAGAGAACAAAUUGCAGAGGCCGCUAAGUCCAAGGGUAUCGAAGUCGUCGACUUGGCUCGUGAUUUGAAGAAUUUGACAUUUUCGGCACAUACUGGUGGUGAUGACAAAACUGACGCUAAGGCUGUUACUCACGGUGGUAAACAGGCUGCUUUGUAUAAUGCUGCCACAGAUUUGGAUAAGGAGUUCUUUAAGAUGGACGGUGUUGAAGGUCAAUUGACAAACCCAUUCCAUAAAAAUGGUAAGCAAGGUAACGGUUCAAAGAAACAUAACAAGAAAAACAAAAAAGGAAAGACGAGAACUCUGAUGAUGGCUGAUUAA